AUGGUCGUCGACACCCUAUACGGAUAUAACACUGCAGGUCGCGCUGGGCCAUCCGGCACCAGCGUAGUGUUCCCACUCGACCUAGACCAAGUCUCGACUAUCGAUGUCACCAAUUCUGCUACUCGCCAACUCACCCUGAAUGAUCUCGGUACAGACUGCCCUCAAACAGAAACUCCCUCAGUAAUCGCAACUGCGAAGCCAAACGGCCGAUGUGACCCUAUCCUCUUGGCCCCCGAGCCUGUGAAGUCUUGGGCCUCGCCUUGCAAUGCAUGCGGUCAAUUCGGCCUGUUCGAUCCCCCUUAUGCUGUAUCCCCGCUUACUGGCGGUCUGGUACCGGUGACUACGACUAUCGCAAUGACGCAGCCAGAGGUGCAGACUACUCCUAGCCCGACUUCGCCUGAGACUACCGCCACGCCCGUGGAACCCAGCACGAUGGCGGUGACUACGGAGGGGACUUCUUCUACAGUUGAGAGCCCUUCGAGUGUGAUGCCAACUUCAGCAUCGUCUAGCUCCAUCUCCAGUCGGGCUGCUACUUCCACAUUCAACCCCGCAAGCAAACUAAGUGCUCCGGGUGGAUGGCUGGGUUUGGGUCUCUUUUUGUCGGCAAUCUUGCUGUAA